AUAACUCUUUAGACCGUAAAGCCAUAAAGUUAUCUAACUAUAUGUUACUUGUUUUAAAUUAUUCAUAUGCAGAAUAUGAAAACACGCAAUUGGGUCCAAUCGAGCCUUUUCUUCCGACGUACCGUUGGUAUUGAGACAUAUUUUAUUCUGUUUGGGAUACUCGGUGUUUGUAAAUAAAAUCAGUUUUAACUCUUCAGGACAUCAAUGAUAUUUCUCAUCAACUGGUAUUUCAGAGAUAAGCAACAAAUAAUUUGUAAAGCAGAAAGAUGAAAGCUGAAACGGUGCACACGAUUGUCUGUCUCGUCUUCUUUUUUACAAGUGCUUCUGAAUGUUCGUCCAGCAAUGCAGAUGCAGACAUCAUUGGUUUGAGGCCUAAUCACUCAACCAAGUCGCUGGUGGAUAAAUUGUUGAAAGGAUAUGGCAGAACAUCUGUUCGGCCAGUUCAUGAUCACACACAGCCAACUAUUGUCUUUAUUCGGUUGCUUCUGUAUGAACUCGUCGAAUUCAAUGAGCAAUAUCAGGUGAUUACUAUGCGUUCUAAUAUGAAAAUGAAAUGGAGAGAUGAGUUUUUACAGUGGGAUCCACGUGAGUGGGAUAACAUCACUUCAGUAACCCUCAGCAACCACGAUAUAUGGAGACCAGAUUUCGAUUUAGAGCAGAACGUUGACAGGGAUCAAAUAAUCACAAGCGACACCUAUAUCAGUGUUACCCACACCGGUGCAGUGCAUUGGAUGUUCCCUAUGAUCACAACUACUGCGUGUAAGAUUUACACUGCUUACUUUCCGUACGACCAUCAGCAGUGCAAUGUAACAUUCUACCCAUGGACAUUGGGUAUUAAAGAGAUGCGGCUUUUUGCACUUAAUGACGAUGACGCCCAGCAAAAAGCGUAUGUUCGCAAUGGCGUUUGGGAUCUUACGAGCUUUCAAGCCACCAACGCCACAGACACUUUCAAGUGUUGCCCACAUCCUUUUGAUAUGGUGGUGUACACCCUUCAGCUGAGACGUGAAGCAUCGUUCUACACCAUGCAGAUCGUGUUACCUUCUGUCUUCUUGACACUCCUCAUGUUGGUUGGUUUCUGGCUCCAUCCUGACACGGGUGAGAAGAUCAGUCUGACCGUGACAAACCUCCUUUCAAUGAUUCUCUUCCAGCAGCUAGUGGCUCAGCACAUGCCACCGAUAGGCGAACCAAGCUCUAUAGUUGUGAAUUGUUGCUUCAUAAUGAUCGCCUUAAGUGUGUCCUCUGUGAUCCUGACAAUAAUCGUUCUACGGGUCUACCACAAUGACUCCGAUCAGAUGCCGCCAUUUUGGGGAUUUAUGCUUCUUCGCAUUUUCAUCAGUCGAAACAUCGCAAAGAAUAUGAGCUCUUUCUACAAAAAACGGAGGUCAAUGCUAAAGUUAAACAGAGGUGAUGAAAGACAAGCGUCCUUCUACCUCAAGGUUAAAUCAAGGCUACCAUCAUCCGGUUCGACUACCGAGUCAAACUCGUCGAUGAAAGGCAGGAUGACCAACGGUAUGGCGGACUGUGAGGAAGAUCUUAAUUACAGUUUCAUGUGGAAGCAUUUUGCUCUUGCGAUUGAUCGAGCAUUUGGCAUCAUUUUAAGUGUUUGUACAGUUGGAUGCAUCGUAUACGCGUUGGAAGCAUUCAGUCACCGCCACUAAUAAAAAAUGGCGACCGAAGAAGAGGAACGCCAUGAAAACUUGAUGUGAACAAACUUUUGGCAUCACUGUUUUGCGAUGUAUCUUUGAUAAGAAAUGAAUAUUUGCUUACCGUCAAUAAAGAAAAUGCUAACGCCAGACCCUGCAUGAUAUAAUUAUGAUCAUACGCCCCAUUUGACCUGAAUGUACUCUACGCCACAUCAAAUGCGCUAUUUACAGCACCUGCACCUGUAUCCCACCCUCUUGUUCAGUAAUUACCGAUCUUAGUCACGAACCCUUUUUAUGAGGCCACCAUCAACUACAAGCUUAACCGCUCACGAUGGCGGUCUCCUUCUUUCAUUUGUUUAUGCUGCUUUAUUAUCAUCCUAAUGCGAAGUAUAUGCCCAAACCAUUUUUUCUAAUUAUGUAAUGUGAAGUAUAUGCCCAAACCAUUUUUUUCUCUAAUUAUGUACUAUGUUUAUGUUGUAAACAUUAUGGAAUUU